GUUAUUGUUACAGUUGGAUUCACACAACAUUUAUGUCAUUGAGGAGGUAACACACAGCAGAAGCCGCGUGAUCCAAAACUUUAAAUUUUAUGCAGGGGUCUGUGGUCAGUUUUGUUUUAUGUGUGGAAGUGUUUGGAGCUGAAUGCAGAAGGUUGUAGCAGUGCUUGGUGGGGGGAUCGGGGGUCUGUCGACCUGCCAUUAUCUCAGCAAGAGUCCUAAUGUCUCCAAGGUGGUGCUGUUGGAGGGAAGCAGUAGAUAUGGAGGUUGGUUGAACUCCACACGAAGAGAUGAUGGAGCAGUGUUUGAACAAGGACCCCGAGGGGUUCGGCCAGCAGGAGCUAUUGGUCGAAACGGUUUGAAUAUGGUGUCUGAUUUGGGUCUCGAGUCUGAAGUCCUGUCAGUUUCGAAGGAUCAUGUGGCUUCUAAGAACCGAUUCCUUUAUGUGAAAGGACAACUGCACAAGAUGCCAUCAGGACCCGGUGGUAUUCUGCGCACCAUUCCUCCUUUCUCCCGUCCCAUAAUUCAUAGCGUCCUAAAGGAAAUGUUGAUCAGUAAAGGGCAGGAAGACGAUGAGUCUGUUCAUGCAUUUGUAUCCAGGCGUCUGGGUCCUGAGUUAGCAGAUAUAGCUAUAGACAGUCUGUGUAGAGGGGUGUUUGCUGGUGACUGCAGGCAGUUAAGUGUGCGGUCCUGCUUGCCCCCUCUUUAUAAAGCAGAGCGGUCACGGGGAUCCAUCGUGCUGGGCAUGCUGAUGGGUUCAGGUGGUGGUGGUCCUGAAGUAAUCCCCUCUGAUUUGGCUAAAAGAGCAUCAAAAGAGUCGUGGAGUCUGUGGUCACUGAAGAGGGGCAUGCAGUCACUUCCAGAAGCUCUGGAGAAUUCGCUGAGAGGUCGAGAGCGUGUGGAGCUUCAUCACAAUGCUCGAGUGAAGAGCCUGACCCUGCAGGGAGGGGUCUGGGAGAUCAAACUGGAUGAUGGGGCCACAUUGAAAGCCGAUCAUGUGAUUUCCGUCCUACCGGCUGCAGCUUUGGCAUCAGUGCUGCCCCCUGCUGCUGAACCCCUGACAGAAGAGCUUCGAUCCAUUGCUUCUGCCACUGUUGCUGUUGUGAAUCUGGAGUAUGAAGGUUUCAUUCUUCCUGCUGCAGGCUUUGGACACUUGGUGCCUUCCUCAGAAGAUCCUGGUCUGCUAGGGAUCGUGUAUGACUCCGUUACCUUUCCACAACACAAUAGGAGUGGAGGACCAACCACCAGACUGACGGUGAUGAUGGGCGGUGCGUGGUUCAAGCAGGCAUUUGGUAGUCCACAGGAAGCGACCAAUCAGAUUUUCUUGGAUCGGGCUACACAGGCAGUAACCGAUCAUCUGGGUGUCACCUCGCCACCUGUGUGGAGCCUGGUCUCAGUACUCAAGAACUGCAUUCCUCAAUAUCAUGUAGGACACUGGAAACGACUCGAAAAGAUGAGGCAAUACAUCAGCAAGAACAAUCUUCCCCUUACACUGGCAGGAGCUUCCUAUGACGGCGUCUCCGUCAAUGAUGUUAUAUUCAGUGGACGAACAGCUGCAGAGGGUCUCGUUGGAAAAAUCGCUUAAUUUUGAUUGAGCGAGUGAGUGAGACUUCUGAGAUUUUGGGGUUUGUGAUAUACAUUUGAUGUUGAUCCUUGGGAAGGACAGGCACUACUUGAACCCAAAUUUAAGUACAGCUAAAUGUUGGGUAAUCAAAUAUAUUUCAGGGCUGUUGUUUAGAUGUUAAGGAAAUCAUAAGCUACAUUUCCAAGCUGCCAAAAAAUGCCACCAAACAAAUGAUUGUAGAGCUUAGCUUUAACAAUGUGGCCGAAUAAUCAAAUUUUUACCUAGAAAAAUUGCAUUUGGAUGAGUAAUAUAUUAUUGCACUAGGAUAUUAUGUAAAUUAAUAUUCAGCAUGUUAACUAAAAGUUAUGCUAGUCAUUAGGAAGGUUUACACUCAUCUACAGUAUGUUGCCAUACACAUUACCCUGUCAAAAAAGGUACAAACGGCGUCACUGGGAUGGUACCUUUUAAAAAGGUCCUAAUAUCUAAGAUGUACUCUUUAAGGGUACCACCCCAGUGAUUCCAUUUGUACCUUUAUUUCUGAGAUUGAUACCGUAGCCAGGAGCAGACUCAAUGGAUAUAAUAUCAUUUUAACUGUUUCCUCCAUUUGUCUAAAAGUAGAUGACAUUUUGACCAGGCUGAAAUUAUAUGCCAUUAGACUGGAGCAUCCUUUUUACAAAUAUAUUCAUUACGUUGGCGUCAUAGUGGGGUCAAUGGAAAUUUACGACUUACAGUUCUCGUUUCAUACAGGCUGCAGAUUGGAAAUGGCUAUGCCAUCUGCAUUAACUUUGAAAGGGCAAAAAAUGUAAACUAUCGAUCAGAGAACCAGAAUUUUAAUGGCUGCUUGAGUACCAUGCAUUUCACACACACAUGCUUUCUCAUUCAGUGUGAUUGAAUUUACAAUAAUGUGCAUCAGAAUGCACAGGUGUGCCUUUAUUUAGCGCCACUGAGCUUUCGGUGAAUAAGCUGAAUUAUGUUUUAAAAAUGCAUUGUCCGAAAGUAGAGAGAGAUUCAUCAGUGACUGUUUACAUUCGUUUCAGUACUGUUUCCUGGUUGCAUCUGCAAUACUAAUAUACACUAUCAGUCAAAAGUUUAGGAUCAUUUAUGACAUGUGGGUGAGGGUUAGCGACAAUCUUUAAUGUGAAGUGUGGAUAAGAGUGUGAUUUUGUUAACUAAACAUGUAUGUAACUCCAAAUUUAUUCCAUUAAAUUGACUGUCAUGACAGUCACUCAGUAGUUAUUAAUUUAUUUUUAUGCAUAUCAUUUUGUUGUGUCUGGUCAGCAAUAAAUAAAUGAGAUGUGUUUGGUACAUUUUGUUUAAUUUGUCUAUAACUAUAAGUGAAAAGGCAACUGAACCACAGUUUGGCUUCGUAAUGUACAGUCACCUUAAGGAUUAUUAGGAACACCUGUUCAAUUUCUCAUUGAUGCAAUGGUGUAAUGGUGUGGGGGAUGUUUUUUGGCACACUUUAGGGCCAAUUGGGCAUCGUUUAAAUGCCACGGCCUACCUGAGCAUUGUUUCUAACCAUGUCCAUCCCUUUAUGACCACCAUGUACCCAUCCUCUGAUGGCUACUUCCAGCAGGAUAAUGCACCAUGUCACAAAGCUCGAAAAACAUUUCAAAUUGGUUUGUUGAACAUUAUGAUUAGUUAACUGUACUAAAAUGGCCCC